AUGGAUCCCAGCGAGCUUGGCCCUGAGGCCACCAUCACAGAUGCUCAGUUCAAAGAGAGAGCGAAGAAGUUCCAAGAAUUUUUGGAUAAUAUUAGUUCAAAUGAUGUACCUUACAAGAGACAAAUCAAAGAUAUGUUAAUGAAAGGGAAAUACAGAUUAUGUGUUUCAUUAGAUGAAAUACGGGACUUUGACCGGUCCUUCUGGAGAGGUUUAUUGAACCACCCUGCAGAGUACUUACCCGCGUGUGAAAUGGCCUUGAGAGAAACUGUCCAUGCCCAAUAUAACGAAAACGACGACAGGUUCCCAACUCUUAAUAGGGAUCAACAAUUCUACCUUUCUUUCAAAGGUGCAUUCGGAGAGAACAGAGUUUCUGCCCGAUCCAUUAACUCAGACCAUUUGUCGAAAAUGGUGUCCAUUGAAGGUAUUGUUACUAGGGCAUCUUUAAUUCGUCCUAAGGUAGUAAGGUCAGUUCAUUAUGCCGAAAAAACCAGUCGGUUCCAUGCUAGAGAGUAUAGAGAUCAAACCACCUCUUUUGACCCAAUUUCCACUGCCGCUAUCUAUCCAACUGAAGAUUUGGAUGGUAAUAAGUUGACCACUGAAUAUGGUUAUUCAACUUAUAGAGACCAUCAGAAGGUAUCUGUUCAAGAAAUGCCAGAAUUGGCUCCAGCAGGACAGCUUCCUCGGUCAGUGGAUGUAGUAUUAGAUGAUGAUUUGGUUGACACCACGAAACCUGGUGAUAGGGUACAAAUCGUAGGUGUUUAUCGAGCAUUGGGAGGUGCCAACAACAAUAACACUGCUUUUAGAACGGUUAUUUUGGCCAACUCGGUUUACCCAUUACAUGCACGUUCUUCUGCUGUGGCCUCUCAUGAGAAUUUGACCGACAGCGACAUAAAGAACAUCAAUAAGUUGUCUAAAGAGAAGAAGAUCUUUGAGAUGUUGGCCCAAUCUUUAGCUCCUUCCAUUUACGGAUUUGAAUACAUCAAGAAAGCAGUGUUGUUGAUGUUGAUGGGAGGUGUCGAAAAGAAUUUGGAUAACGGAACUCAUUUAAGGGGUGAUAUCAACAUCUUAAUGGUUGGUGAUCCCUCGACUGCCAAGUCCCAGGUGUUGCGGUUCGUUUUAAAUACUGCUCCUUUAGCUAUUGCAACGACUGGUCGAGGUUCGUCUGGGGUUGGUUUGACAGCAGCCGUCACUUCCGAUAAGGAGACCGGUGAAAGACGAUUGGAAGCUGGUGCCAUGGUGUUGGGUGAUCGUGGGAUUGUCUGUAUCGAUGAAUUCGACAAAAUGAAUGAUUCUGAUAGAGUUGCCAUCCAUGAAGUUAUGGAACAACAAACCGUCACCAUUGCAAAAGCCGGGAUCCAUACUACCUUGAACGCCAGAUGUUCGGUUAUAGCUGCUGCAAAUCCUGUUUAUGGGCAGUAUGAUGUUCACAAGGACCCUCACAAGAAUAUCGCUUUACCUGAUUCUUUGUUAUCUCGUUUCGAUUUGUUAUUCGUGGUGACAGACGACAUUAACGACACCAGAGACAGAAUCAUCAGUGAACAUGUGUUGAGAAUGCAUCGUUACAUACCUCAAGGUUUAAUGGAAGGAGAACCCAUACGGGAGAAGACCAACAUUUCAUUAGCUGUUGGUGAACAGAUCGAAGAACAAGAUGCUGAACCACUGAUUUUCCAGAAGUUCAGUGCCUUUGUUCCUCCUGGAGUGAGCGAAAGAAAUGCCAACAUUUUCCUGAUUCCUUUCAUCAAGAAAUAUAUCCAAUACGCCAAACAAAGAAUCAAGCCUGUCUUGACCACCGAAGCUAGUGAGUAUAUUGUCACCACCUAUUCAAGUUUGAGAAAUGAUUUGAUCGAUAAUAACCAAAGAAACACCGCUCCUAUAACGGCCAGAACUUUGGAAACGUUGAUCAGAUUGGCGACUGCCCAUGCUAAAGUGCGGUUAUCUAAAACCAUCGAAAUAAAAGAUGCUAAAGUUGCUGAAGAGAUGUUAAGAUACUCUCUUUUCAAGGAAAUCACCAGAAAAUCCACCAAGAGAGCCAGAGGAAAUAACACACCUAUGGACUCAGAUGAAGAAGAUGAAUUUGAUGCCGACCUUUUCGCUGAAGAAAACGACUCCACUCAUCAAGCUUCUUCUGGAAGAUACAACACGAGACUGCAAGAUGCUAGUGAUGUGGGUAAAACACUUAAUAACUUGCACCUUCAAGAAGACAGUCCGAUGGAAGACCCAGAAGAGGCCGAAACACCAGACUCUGAAUCCGAACCGGAGGAACCUUCUCAACAUCCUCUUAGCGAGUCAGGAGGAAAUGCCAUUGAAAAUGUUGGUGACAGUCAAAUAAGCCCUCAAAGAUAUGAAGUCUUCAGAGGAAUUAUGUCCAAGGUGCUUCGGUCUUCAUUAUUUGAAAAUAUCACCGGUUCAGCACCAAUUCCAGAUGUGUUGGCAGAGGUCAACCAGGAUAUUUCUCAAGAAGAACAAUUCCUGGAAGAUGAAUUCCGGGCUGGUUUAGUCAAAUUGGAUACAGAGAACGUCAUCAUGUUGGAGAAGGAUCAUGUGUACGGUAUUUGAAUGAGGUGAUGAUUGAAUGUGUUUGCCAGUUUUCUGGGUGUAUUUUAGGUUAGGUCUAAUGUUAUAGUUAAUGUUCUAGUCAAUUUUUAUGUGAAAUAGCAGAUAUGUCAUAUUGA